CUGAGCUGACAGAAAUCAGAUUCAGUGGUUGAGUAGUUUUCAGUGAGGCGGUAAUGGCUGCUGGAGUGAAGGUGUACGGUGCGUUCGUGCUGCGUAAAAUAGUUGUUUACCGUCAAAUUUCACAAUAAAGUUCAACGUUUUCCAACGCAAAACGAAAGAAAUGGCUGAAGACGGAGCAGGAGGUUCAAGUGGAGGUAGCAGUAGUAGUAGCGGUGAAGCGAGCCGACUGCAGUUGCUACAGGAGAUGCGGCAACAGAAUUUUGAUAGCAUUCGAUUUGCUUCAUACCGAACUGCUUGCAAGUUGAGGUUCAUUCAAAGAAAAGUUCAUCUACACAACGUAGACAUAUGGAAUGUGAUUGAAGCAUUCAGAGAAAAUGGCUUGAACACAUUAGAACCAACAAGUACACUGGGUGUAUCCAGAUUGGAAACUCUAUUAUCUUCGCUCUUCCAUGCACUCAAUAAAAGAGUACCCGUUGCUCAACAGGCCAAGGUAGAUGCGACUACUGCUCUUCUGAUGAAUUGGUUAUUAGCAGCAUAUACCAGUGGGGAAAACAACAAAAUAUCUGUUUUUUCUGUCAAGGUAGCUCUGGCUACAUUAUGUGCUGGAAAAAAUAUGGAUAAAUUUCGAUAUAUAUAUUCCCAGAUAUCUGAUAGCAAUGGGCAUAUGAUCCACUGGAGAUUUGCUGAUUACUUGAAAGAGGUCUUGGCCUUAACAGCUGCCGUUUACGAAACUCCCUCGUUUGGGUACUCUGAUGGAUUAGCUAAUUCCAUAUUUCCCCCACUGGGUUCUGGUUUCCAGAAUUCAAAAGUCACUGUAAAUGACUUUUUGGAUACACUAAUGUCUGACCCUGGACCACAUUGUUUGAUUUGGUUACCUUUAUAUCAUAGAAUGGCCGCCGUUGAAGGUGUUGUUCACCCAAUCGCAUGUGAUGCUUGUCAUAAGGAGAAUUUCACAGGAUUUCGCUAUCGUUGUCAAAAGUGUCAUUCUUACCAGUUAUGUCAGGAUUGCUUUUGGCGAGGGAGGGUUUCUGGAACGCACAAUAACGAUCACGAAACCAGAGAGUAUAGUAGUUUUAAAUCGCCGAGUAAGCAAAUUGGGCAUUCCCUGCGUAAAAGCUUCAGAUGUGUCCCGGAAAAAGGGAAAAAUAGCUUACCAAGGUUUCCAGAGCAGCCCGAAAAAACUCUAGACCUUUCACAUAUCGUCCCACCAUCCCCUCUGCCCUCGCAUAACGGGUUCCCAGAAUCUGGAUUCAUGGCUCCAUUUGAUUCUGGUUCAAUGGACAGUCGAUCGACAUUAAGAAGUAUGGAUAGUUCAAGACUAGAAGAUGAGCAUAAGCUCAUAGCCAGAUAUGCCAUGAGACUAGCCCAAGAAGCACGCGCUGUGGUAGUGCCUCGUUCUGCAUCCAAAAUGUCGCAGGCUGACCAACCGGGAAGGGCACCAUCGGAUGCCAAUCUCACAUCGUCGGACAUAUCACGAGCGCAACGAGAACUGAUAUCGCAUUUAGAGGCGAAAAACAAGGAGAUCAUGCGCGAAAUUGCAAGGUUAAGGAGACAACAAGAAAUUAAUGCUGCUGGUCUGGAAAAUCCGGCCUUGAUGUCCGAGUUGAGAUCACUCAGGCAACGAAAAGACGAAUUGGAAACACAUCUUGUUACAUUACAAGAUUCUCGAAGGCAGCUUAUGGUGCAGCUUGAAGGACUAAUGAAGUUGCUAAAGAAUCACCAGGCAUCGCCAAGGUCAACCCCAAAUAGUUCACCAAGAAGUACAAAGUCUCCACCGUUACCUCCUGGCGCAGUUCCGAGUAGUCGAUCUGCUCCACCAACACCUGGGGGUGCUCUUACAUCAGCCCCACAACCACAACAGAAUCAACAGCCAAUGUCACAAAGUUAUCAAAGCUCGGCUCCACCAACGUCAACGGCAAAUAUAACAGGCAACACAAUGCUUGGAUCGAUGCAGAAUCCGAUUCCCGAUAGCCUCUCCUGUGUCGGCGGGGAUGUAAGGUCGGCGUUUGGAACAAACAGUUUACCUGGAAGCGGCUCAAGUAGUGCAAACAACAGUUUGGGACGGUCAUUGCGAAAUGAUUUGCUGGUUGCUGCUGACAGUGUUACCAAUGCGAUGUCGACACUGGUCAGGGAAUUAAAUUCAGACUCAGACCAGGAGGAUCAUACUCCAGCCCCAGCACGCCACAACAUCAGAAAACCUCUAGAUUUCGAGGCAGGUGAAGAUGGAGAUGAUAGCAGUGGUGGAGGUAACUCAUGGCGUGAAGAAUUACAACGUCGUUAUGAACAAGAAAAUGAUUUCUUAGCAGAGCUAAGAGCUCGUAAUACUAAUGCAUCACAAACCCCUUCCGCUACACCUUCCAGUGAACAAGAACAAGAAAGAGGUGAGCGGGAAGAGGCAGAAGGAGAAAAAGAAGAUGAGAGUGAAUCAAACUGGGAGGAGGCGGUGAAGCGAUGGGUUAAUCGAUAAAAAAGUUGAACUGAUAUUAGAAAUCUGCUCCAAAUGGAGAAAGAUGUGAAUUUGAGAUAGUGAUAAUUAUAAUUAUAGUUUAAUUUAUAGGAAACACCUUAUUUGCUGCAUAGAGAUUAUUGUAAUUACCAGAUAUUAGCUUUAUUCGAGACUGGAUCAUGAGACAUAUUCAAUGUUUUACCUUGAUAUUCACACGCUCAACCUCCCAGCUAUGCUAGACAUACAUUAAUAUGUCCUAGGUAAAUAUACCUAUAGAUAUAUCGCAAAUCUCACUGUCUACAAUGUCUCAUAAUCUUCAUGGCCGACGAAAUGAGUAGUCGUAUCUUCCAUAUUUCAAAUAUUUGAUCCUGCCCAGAUUUGUUUUAAUAUACGAGGUAACUAACAAUUUGAUACACUCUUAAGAUAUUGUAAUAACCAGUUUGGCGAUAUCGAGUCAUGCCAAAUGUUACUAUUUUAUAUGCAUCCUGCAAAUUGAAUUAAUUCAACUGUCAUUCGAAAAAUAAAAAAAAAACUCGCUCACUAAUCAAUUUUAUAAUUGCUACACAAUAUUCAGUAUGCUUGGCUAUCAACUCUUUGACCAAUAGUAAACAUAAAUUACAUAAAUGACUAUAGCCGAAAGUAGGUUCUUUCUACGGGCAUUUAUGAGCCUAUAAUAUUGGGAACUAAUGUUCAAUAAUAUUGUGCCAUGUUGCAAUAGAUUUUUUUACCCCAAGUAUGUACAGAGGCAACCAUUCCUUGUCAGAUCAUGCCUGUUUCAUCGAGACUGAGCAGUUUAGAUAAAUGAUCACACUCUUAUAGCACAUACAAUAACAAUUUCACAAUGUCGCAGGGCUCUUGGAACUGCGCCAAUUAGUUUCGAUUAGUGCUAAUAAUCAUCCAACAGUACAAUAACAAUCUUCAAUCAAAAUUUCUAUGGCAUUCAAGUGUCUGCAAUACCUUCUUUGAUCGCAAACCUGUGUAGUUGGUGUAAUAGAGCUAGUGAAUCAUGUUAAUCGAUUUUAAAAGGUAUAUAACAGAUGCUGACUUUUGCCAGCUCUAUUGAAUUGUACCCUAGUAACAGGUACUGAGUGUUUUAUGAGAGCCAGAGUGAUUUUUAUUUUAUAUUGCUUUCAUGUGGACUGAGGACAAACAUAGCUGAUCAUCUUAUAGCUGAUUCAACUAAUUAUAACGUUCAUUGAAACUGCAAGCCACACUAUUCAAUGGAUGAUGCAAUUGUUAGAUCAAUUAGCUAAUGGCUCUGAUUUUAUGAGUCUGUAAUUACAGGAAAUUUAAUACAACGCCUCAUCUUUGGUCUAAAUAACAUAUAAUUCUAAAUGGUCUAUGCGCACCGAAGUACAUUCUGAAGUUGAAAUAAUAACUGAUUCAGCAUUCUUUAAUGAAGCCUCCUAGCAUUUCCUAGGUGUAGCAUAAACAGUGGUUUUCGAUUAAUAAUAAGCAUCUUAUUCAUCAUAAUAAUGUUAUUUUAAUUUUAGUUAAAAAUACUUUAACUUUCACGGGAGCCACUUUGAGGUGACAUAGGCAUAAAAAUCGUCUAUUGUUAACUCACAAUCAGCGAAUAUUUCAAUUAUAAAUUAUUCUACUAUGUGUAUAAUACUUUACGUUUCAAAAUUGAUUGAUUGAUGAUGAAUCAAUUUGCACUUGUUAUCGUCGGAUGAGACACUAGCUAUUGGCUAUAAAAAUUCAUAAUCAAAUACUGCUUCUGCUUAUCGCUACUGGCUCUAAUUAGCCAACGGUACGUAAUGUUUUCGAUAUUGUAAAAUUACGUAUAAAUAACAACGAUCGAUUUAUGAUUGAGGAGUACAGCUUAAUAUAGAUCAGUAUUGUAUAUAAACAUUAUAUCAUAUUUAAUUGUGAAAUUCAUAAAUUGUUAUAGGUAUAGACAGCGCACAAAAAUGUAUUAAAAUUUCUCAAGAUAGUAACAGGUGAUAUCUUAUUCGAUGUGACAAACUCGGCAACAUUGACUAUAUCUCGCUUGUUAAUGAGGUAUCAAACGAUUUGUUUUAGUUCCUAUAGUUCUUAUCGUACAUUCCACAAAUAGAGAAAUUAUGAUGAAAAUAUUAUGACGCAAUUGGUACAAACCACUGGGUUUAGUAAGAUUGUAAACAUAGGAUAGACCAUUAGUUUUACAUCACAUUUCGUGUAAAUAUUAAUUUAUGAUCUUUCAUUUUGUUCAUAUAUACAUUCAUUCUACAAAAAUCAUGUAGCCGUCUUUGAAAAGAAGUACUUAUUAAAAAUAAAUAUGAAACAGA